ACAAUGGCCUCAUCUGAUAGGACUCCGACUGGUUCACAAGAUAUAUAAGUCCCGGCAGUAUCUAGUCUGUAGAAAUUAUCAGCAACACAUCAUCCAAUCUUCUCAACAACAAAACAACAAGUCCUCUUUAUCAACCUCUCCCACUUUACCUUUCAAAAUGAGGACCACUAUUGUCAUCGGUGUCAUUGCCGCCUUCUUCGGCGUUGCCCAGGCCACCACCUACGCUCAGUUCUGUAACGACAACGCUUGCAAUGAUGGUUGCGGUGAGAGCGUCUCCGUCGACAACCCCGGCUGCUUGAACGAGAACGGCCGUCAAUCCAUCAAGUUCCACGACCUCAACCUCGCACAGGUUUCCUUGGUCUUCUCGCCUUCCCCCAACUGCCCUUGCCAGAACUACUGUGUCGACAACAUCUUGAACUGUGGUACCGACUUCGGUCUCUCAUGCGCUGGCCCGUCUUGCUACGACCUCACCACCUCCCCCGGUGCCCAGUCUUUCCGUUUCAUCGGCAGCUCCUGCGAGAGCAACAACUGCUAG